AUGCCUGUUGAGCCAGACGCCAGCGGCACCCAGCAAGCCUCUGCUCAGCCCGACCGCUAUCCUGGCCCAGAGUCUCCUACCCCAGGCUUCAUGCCGCCUGAAGCUCCACAGCGGCCCACCGACCAGCUCCAGCACGACCUAGAAUCCGAAGCUAUUCGCGCCAACAUGUCGGAGCCCGCAGCCCAGCAGUCGUCAACGACCCCGUCGACUGCGGCUGCUGCAGCAUCCCCAUCAGCCAAGGAAGAAGUAGGGCUCCCACCAGAAGAGACAGUGCCAAAAUCAGAAAGCAAGACGGGAGCUGCUGUGCCUGAGAAUGCCACCAAAAAGCCCCAUUGCAAGAAGCCCGUCAGUAAGCAUGCUACCGCCAAGAACAAGGCUGCGACUCGCCCAAGCACAGCAGGAAACACAAGACCAAAACCAAAGUCAUCAAAUCUAAAAAGAAGAAUAAGAAGAAAAAUACGCGCGCACAAGGAGGACGACUAUUCCGAUACCGAGUCCUACGAGAGUAGUGAUGAUGAGUCCUCUUCUCUAGACGAAAAGGCUCGUAAGAAAGCUGCUAAGAAGCGCAAGGCCAAGAAGAAGGCCGCCAAGAAGCUUCGUUCCAAGGAGUACUCGUCCGACGACUCAGAGGAGGACGAAGAGGAAGAAGAAGAUGCAGCGUCGGAGGAGAGGGCGAUUCUGCGGGCCAAAAGGCUGGCCUCCCGUUUGCGCGAGAGACGCGCUCGUCUACAUGCCAGGGGGAAAGGAUCGAGCUUGAAACGAAUUUCGUCAGACAGCCAGAGUGAUGGGCUCAAGGUUAGCGGUCAUAAGAACAAGAGCAAGAAGAAGAGGGCUUCCAAGGUUGCAUUCAAGCGGGUUGAUGAGCAAACCAGGGAUGACCCCGGUGCGAACGAGUUUGACCAGUACAUCUUUACAGUGCGUCGCAAGUUUGACUGGGAGAAUAAGUACCAGGAAACGGUCGUGGACAUCAAGAGCAAGCCCCUGCGGGAUGCGCUGGCCAAGGUCAUGGACGGGGUCAAGGGCGUGAGCUUGGUGCAGGAAACGCCGGUCGUCGACCCGAACAUGCUCUUUCUGUACCUGGAAGAGACCCGGGCGUACAUGAAAGAGCUGAAGAAGCUCGCCAGCACGGAGAAAAAGAAGCGGGCCAGGAAGCUGGCAGCGACCAAAGCGGCGCAUCUCAAGGUCCUCGUCAAGUACCUGGACACCGACUACGCGGAGACCAAAAAGACCCUCUACCCGCUGCUCGAGUCCAACAUGAUUACCUUUGACCUUCUCUGGGCGCUGUUCAAGCCCAACACGAUUGCCUACACGUCCACCUACGGCAAUGCAGAUGAGCCCCGCGCCUUCAAGAUCGAGUACGUCAGCAAGGAGUCGUCCUUCAUGAAGGGCCAGUGGUAUGUUAUUGAGGGCCGGUACCUGGAAUACGACGGCAAAUCGUUCGGCAUGGGCACCAUGGCGGCAGAGGUCGAGUCCUUCAAGGGGGCUCGCAAAAUCACCAGUCUGGCCUGCUACCCUCUGAAAUACCACCGGGAGGCGGACGAACUCAGAGCCAAGCUCAUCGAGCGAGGCAAGAAGUUCGUUGCUCUCCGGGGCAUGAACUAUCGCUUCCACAAGGGCAUGGCCUUCUUCAAGAAGAAGCGGUCCAUCAUCAAGGUCAACAUCAACGGACGAGUCAUGAUCGACCCGGCCCUGCACCGUCGCAUCAACCCCAACUACCCCAUCAGCACGGUCCGGCCGAAGGAUCCCGACAUCCUCAACUCAUCGUCUGACGAGGACGACAGUGAUGUCGGAGGCUGCUGCGGUGGAGGAUCCGAUUCGGGCACGGACCGGGGGAACCUGAGCCAUGGUGAAUCGGAGCGGACCAGGCCGAGAUACAAGGUCGUCCGUGACAAGAAGGGCAAGGCGCAUGUGGUCGAGAUUGAGGUGGACGACAACGGCAACGAGAUCCAGAAAGAAGACAUUGACAAGAUCGACAGCGACGCCAAGGACGAUGUCUCGGAGCCCGAGUUCAGCGAGGAGGAGCUUCUCAUCGCCAGCCCCGUCGUGCUGGGGUUUGCCUUCAGCGAGAAACUUUGGCUGGAGUUCACCGUAUCCGGCAUCACCGAGAUCGAGUGGAACGAGGGCGCCUUCGACUCGCUCGUGCUGCCGGACAAUCAGAAAUCGAUCGUCCGGGCUCUGGUGGAAUCGCACACGUUCCACGCGGCGCAGAACAUCGACGAUGUCAUCCAGGGCAAGGGCAAGGGUCUGGUUGCGGUGCUGCACGGGCCGCCGGGGACGGGGAAGACGCUGACGGCGGAGGGCAUCGCGGAGCUCCUCAAGCGGCCGCUGUACAUGGUGAGCGCGGGCGAGCUGGGGACCGACUCGCGGACGCUGGAAGGCGAGCUCAACAAGAUCCUCGACAUUGCGCACUCGUGGGGCGCGGUCCUGUUGCUCGACGAGGCGGACGUCUUCCUGGAGAAGCGCACGAUCCAGGACAUCCACCGCAACGCGCUCGUCAGCAUCUUCCUGCGGCUGCUCGAGUACUUCCAGGGGAUAUUGUUCCUGACGACGAACCGGGUGGAGACGUUCGACGACGCGUUCCAGUCGCGCAUCCACAUCGCAUUGCGCUAUGGCGAUCUCACGACCAAAGCCAAGCGGAGCGUGUGGAAGAUGUUUCUGGACAAAGUGCGCUCCAUCGAUGGCGUCGAGACUGCGACAUUUACCGACAAGGAUUUGGAUGCGUUGGCACGGCAUAAUCUGAACGGACGGCAGAUCAAAAACUCCGUCCGCACCGCCCAAGCACUCGCCGUCAACGAAAAAACCGCCCUGUCAAUGUCCCACAUCAAGCGCGUCCUGGAAGUCGCCGAGACGUUCGAUCACGAUCUGCGGGGAGGAACGGGAUACAUGGAUGCGAUGAGGAGUUACACGUAG